UCUCUCUCUCUCUCUCUCUCUCUCUCACAGCUAUGGGUAAUACUAUAGGAAGAAGGAAAACAGCCAAGGUCAUGAAGAUAGACGGCGAGACACUCAAGUUCAAGACUCCGGCGAGGGCUGGCGAUAUACUAAAAGACUACCCAGAUCAUGUUCUGAUGGAUUCGGAGGCAGUUCGCCACUUGGGUGUCCGGGCCAAGGCAUUAGACACUGAUCAACAGCUCAAGCCCAAGAGAUUAUAUUUCCUGGUGCAAUUGCCUCAGGUCCCUGAUCCUAAGUUGCCGAGACGGGUCCGAUCGAGCGGUAUCAACAUGAGUGCUAAGGAACGGCUCGAGAGCCUCAUGUUGUCGCGGCGAUCGGUAUCCGACCUAUCUUUUAUGAAGUCAGCAGCGACGGUUGAAGGCAUGGAAAGCGCCGGAGGGGCCGUGCGUGUGAAGAUGAGGUUGCCUAAGGCCCAAGUGGCCAAGGUGAUGGAAGAAAGCAACGAUGAGACAGAGGUAGCUGAGAGGAUCAUGGAGUUAUGCGCCACCCACAACGGAAAUUCUGCUGUGGUUGAUGAUGGACAACGGAAGCCUGCUCUAGGAAGCGUCCAAGAGAUCCGCAAGACACGGGAGGUACGUAGUCCUGCAGCUGACCGGGCUUUUGCUUUGAAACUAGGAGUGAGAUUCAAGCCAAUUGAAGACAGUGAAUUGGUCUAGUUGUCCACUACCUCCAAUGAACCAUCGCAUCAUCAUCAAACCCUUUUGGUAGAUCCAACUGACUCGAGCAUAAUCUGCACGAUUCGUUCUGGUAGCUGAUUGUACAUGCAACAAAUCAAUAAGGGAAUAUGAAAUGGGAUUUGACACGUUUGGUGUACCCACUUAUUUAUAUGGUUUAUAUAUACCUUUGCGCGUACAUGUGAUGUAUUGGAUGUUUAUACCAUGUAGUACAUUACAUUAGUUUA